AAGUUUUUUUUAAGAGGGGGGGAAAGGGUAGUGUAAGUUGUGGCACAGCUUCCUCUCCUUGUUUGUUUGUUUGCUUGCUUGUCCUAAGUAGGACCAACUUGUGGACUGUAUUCUAUGACUGCAAAGAUGGAACCUACAUUCUAUGAUGAUGCCAUCAAUACGACGUUUGUGCAGCCAGAGAGUGGUACUUAUGGAUAUAAUAACCCCAAGGUGCUGAAGCAGAACAUGACUCUCAACCUGGCUGACCCUUCCAGUAACCUGAAGCCCCACCUGAGGAACAAGAAUGCCGAUAUCCUGACUUCCCCAGACGUGGGCCUUCUCAAGCUGGCUUCUCCUGAACUGGAAAGGCUGAUCAUCCAGUCUGGCAACGGGCUGAUCACCACCACGCCGACCCCAACCCAGUUCCUCUGCCCAAAAAAUGUCACUGAUGAGCAGGAAGGGUUUGCCGAAGGGUUUGUCAGGGCGCUGGCAGAGCUGCACAACCAGAACACCAUGCCCCCCAGCGUCACCACCGCUGCCCAGCCAUCAAACACCGGCAUGACCCCCGUCUCUUCCAUGGCUGGAAACAACAGCUUCAGUGCCAACUUGCACAGUGAGCCUCCGGUCUACGCCAACCUCAGCAACUUCAACCCCAACGCACUCAACACGGCACCGAGCUACAAUGCGAACAGCUUGAGCUACCCUCCGCAACAUCACCUGAACCCCCAGAUGCCUGUGCAGCAUCCUCGGCUUCAGGCUCUGAAAGAAGAGCCUCAGACUGUCCCAGAAAUGCCCGGGGAGACUCCUCCCCUGUCGCCUAUCGACAUGGAAUCCCAGGAGAGGAUCAAGGCUGAGAGAAAACGCAUGAGAAACCGAAUUGCGGCCUCCAAGUGCCGGAAAAGGAAGUUGGAGCGCAUUGCCAGGUUGGAGGAAAAAGUCAAAACUUUGAAAGCCCAGAACUCGGAGCUGGCAUCCACUGCCAAUAUGCUGCGAGAGCAGGUUGCGCAGCUGAAGCAGAAGGUCAUGAAUCACGUCAACAGUGGGUGCCAGCUAAUGCUCACACAGCAGUUGCAAACUUUUUGAAGAGACUGGAAAGUAACUUGUGUGGUGGGGCAAAACUAAGCAAAAAAAAGAAGGAAGUUAGGAGGUGGAACGCUUCACUUGGGGGGGCGGGCGGGAAGAAAAGGCUGAAAGGCAUUGAUUCUAGAGAGUGCCCCCCUCUUCCACCAAAGCAUGCGUGGAGAGAGACUGGUGUGCCUUUUGGUUUGAGGUGGUGGCAAACCAGUUGACGGUCCAGCUCCGCUAGAAGGCUGUUCUGUUCAGACGAGGCAUGAAGAAGCCUUGUGUUACCUUUUUCUUUUAACAUUGACCAAGACCUGCAUGGACCUAACAUUCAACGAUCAUUCAGUAUUAAAGGUUAAACUGCAGUAGACACUGUAGAUUUGCUUUCUCUAGUACUCCUUAAAAUAAAAAUAAAAAUGGGGAGGGAGUUUGUGGGAGGCUAACAGAAGCUGAACUAUACUGCCUGCCUUCAAGUCGAGUUGUGUAUGUACAUAUAUAUUUUUUAUUUUAUGACAGCUGAUUAAUGUCAAUAAAACUACUUCAUGACUUUGUAAGUUAUUUUUAUGUUCAUUUGGGUUCUGCCCAGUAUUGUUUGUAAAUAAGAUUUUUUUUAGCAAUCUUCUGAGUUUUUUCCAUUUGUAAUAAAGUAUAUAAUUUUUUAAAUAUUUUUUUUGUUCUGAACAAGAAAUGCAUAAAGGGUUGGUAUGUUUUCUUAAAAAACAAUAAUAUGUCACCCCCUUUCUUUGAUUAGCAACAUUAAGACAGGCAUAUACAAAAUGAACUUGUGGUUAGAUGUUAAACUCUUGUUAACUAGUGCUGUAAGGGGGGACAGGGAAAGCCCAACACUUCUAUAACAGUGCAAACCUGUCCAUGCCUACUCAGAAGUAAGUCCCAUUGAAUCCAGUGGGACUUGUUUUCAGAGCUACAUCCAUAACAGGAUUGCAGCUUUAGCAACAACAAAAAUGUAUUUUGGCAUUCCUGAUUUUUAAGGUGCCAUAAGACUGUUUCUUCUAUCCUCUAUUAAUUGGAGGGCACAUAAAUGACCCCCUGUGUUGGAAAGAAACAUAGAUCCUGUCUGUUUGAACAAUUUAACUUGCAGUCUGUAUGGUCUACAAGGAACUAGUAGUGACAUAGUUUUAAAAACUAACAAGUAAAAUGGGAUGGGCAAGAGUAGAGUUCUGUUGCAUCCCCUGCUCUGCACCAUGAGUUGUCAAAUACAGUAUAACUGGUCAUUCCCAAUUUAUGUGUCCAAGUUAAGCAAAUAUUCUUUGCCUGAAGACAAGGAAAAGUUUUCAAAAAGGGAACGUUCAUCUGGCAAUUUGUCACCUUCAUGUUUUUGUUAUCUAAAAGAGUCUCUGUUCAUGAGUAUUUAUUGCUAUGCCUGUUGUCCAAUAAAGUCAUUCUAUUACUCUUUCAACAAAUUUGAA